ACAAAACCGAAAGUAAAAGACGUGAAAAUGAACCUUAAAACCGGGAGCCGUAGCCCACAUAAAACUGUUCUACCGCUUCUUAGUAGGAAAAAGAAUGCACUCCCCACAAGUCUUUGCGAAAUGACUAACAUGUAAAACAUCGUAGACUUGCUUUCAAUGGGAAUGACAGUAACAAGUUAUAUUAUUGUAGCUUUAAGCGAAAAAGUACAUUUUUAUGUGCACUACAUCCUCACGUAUGGACUUUUAUCCACAACAAGCUUGUUUGGUGGAAACACCACUGGUGGGAAAAUGUGCAUAUCUUUCUUUGUGUAUUUGAGAAUAUUCAUGUGAAAAUCGGUUGCCAAUUCGCUGGAAACCUAGCUAUCGACGUUCUUAACGAGGCUCGUCUCACAUUGGUGACGCAGAUCAAAGAGGUCAGAACACCUGUGUGAAACUCCUUAGGCCAGAGCUGUAUGUGAGUAUCCCAGUCUUUAGCCAGGUUGUUGCAUGUUUUCCUCCUUUAACGUGACCAUGAGGACCGCUGAGAAUGCUCUGCUUUGCCACCUCUACAUGUUACUGCUUUUUGUAGGUUUUUGCCAAGGAAAGGACCUCUUCUUCAAUGACAAAGGACUCCUACUCCCAGAAUCCUACAAGAUUGGCUGGAUGGAGGCUAUUGAUGACGACAAAUUAAUCUCUGACAUCACCAUACCUGGUACCCAUGACACCAUGGCUCUCUAUGGAGGCCCAGCGGCAGAGUGUCAGGCCUGGGAUUUGGGGGAUCAGCUGAGGGCCGGCAUACGCUAUCUGGACCUCAGGAUAUUCGCCUUUGAAAACAAACUCUAUGUCAUGCACUGGGUUGUCUACCAACACAAGUCGUUCUAUGAGGUCCUUGACACGAUCAGAGCAUUUUUGUCUGAAUUCAGAAGUGAGGCGGUUCUCGUUAGAGUAAAGCCUGAUUUGUUUGAUAAAGAGAAUGUUGAGGAGCUGGUUGGAAAAAUGAUUAUUGAUGAUACAGAUGUAUGGGUGAAGUCUGACAUGCCAACUAUGGCUGAGGCAAGAGGAAAGAUGAUAUUUGUACAGAAAUCCAGCUUUAAGCUCGGCAUUCCUCUCUUGGAGACAGACAGCAAAGGUGACUAUGAAGUUACUCAUAUUGCAGACAAGGAGAACAAAAUAGUGAAACACUUGACACAAGCUUCAGGUGAUUGUGGUGGGGAUUAUAUCGUUCUGAGCUACUCCAGUGGCACUGGCAUUGGCACAUUGUUGGGCAUGUUUCUAACUCCCAAGAAGGUGGCUGAAGAGAUUAACCCAUGGCUCGAUCAGUAUCUUAGACAGUUCUCCAGGGACCACAGCAGUGUAUGUUUCGGGGUGAUUGCCAUGGACUUUCCUGGUAUCGACCUCAUUCAAACAGUCAUUAAGAUCAAUGAUUGGUGAAGUGUUCACCCAUGGAAGACAUGAUUAUAUUGCUUUCUGAAAUGUUAGUUGACGCCAUUAGAUUAAGUGCAGCAACAACACAUGACACAUACUAUACUUGAUUGUGCUCAUAUUGAAAAGGAGCGAGAUAGAAGACUGACAAAGUAAAGAAUUUAAUGAUUGGAAUGUACUAUUGGCAUGCGCUCUUAAACAACAAUAAUGAAGACUUGGCACUACACGUCUUUGUACUUUGCCCCUGCUUGCUGUAUUAAAAACAAAGAAAAUCAUUAAAAUGGCAAAGAAC